GCUCUGGGUGCUCCGAUCUGACUGUCUCUGGCGGCUUUACGCGAGCGGUGCGCGUCGUGUCGUCUGGUGUCGACGUUUAUCUGUUGCAGCCGAACGUUAGUAAUGGAUCUCGACCAGGCUACCUCCCAACAGCAAGGUUCCGGCCUGGAAAAACGAGCCAAGGAGAACAGCAGUGCAGCCGGGAAUCAUGGUGAUUCUCACAUGAAUGGCAUGUCAAACGGAUAUGACCGCAAAAGGGAGGACAAGUCUGAGCACAGGGAUAAGGACAAGGAACGGUCUCAUAGGUCUGAGCACAAGGACAAAGAGAAGAGCAAGGAUAAAGACAAGGAGAAAAGUCAUAAGAGCGAGCAUAGGGACAAGGACCGCCACAAACACAAUUCCAGUUCUAGCUCCUCAAAGGACAAAGACAAGCAUAGCAGCAAAGAUAAAGACAAGCACAAGGAAGUAGACAAGGAUAAGAAGAGCAGUUCUUCGUCGAGUAAGGACAAGGACUAUAAGAGCAGCUCUACUUCAUCGAGUAAGGACAAAGAGAAAGAACAUCAUAAGUCAACUUCUAGCUCUAGAGAUAAAGACAGGCAUAGUAGUUCCAAUUCUAAGGACAAAGAUAGUUCUCGAGAAAAAGAUAAACACAAGAAUAGCUCAAGUUCUAGCUCUCGUGAUAAGGACAAGAGUAGUUCUAAAGAUAAAGACAACAAGAAGCAUUCUUCCGAGAAGGACAAGGAUAGACAUAGCAGUUCACACUCAAUAUCUGAAAAGGAAAAGUCCAGGUCAUCAGACAAGGACAAACACAGCUCAUCUGACAAGGAUAAGCAUCGCCAUGAUAAGGACAAAGACCGGCGUCGGCAUGACAAAGAGAAAUCUAAACAUCGAGAUGACAAAAAGGAAAGGAGUAAGGAUGAAAGCAAAAUUAAAACAGAAGUUAAAGUAGAGCCUGAGACUGCACCUGCGCCUAUUACCGAACCAGCGGCAACAGCAACUUCAGACUACCAAUACAAUGACAGAACAAAGCAUGAGAUUAAGGAGGAAGAUGUAGAUAUCGAUGACGAUGACUAUGACAGCGGAGCGGAGCAACCUCUGUACAUCAAGGAAGAUGACGAAGGUGAAGGAGAAUGGAAUAAAGAUGCGAGCAUGGAUUCGACAGACGGGAAUGACACGAGACUUUCAGAACUUCACAAUACAACUCUUAAAACUGAAGAGGAGUCUGAUGAAGAUGUCCCUCUGUGGAAAGAUGGCCCCCACUCUGCCAACCAGAACAAGCCAUCCUGGACGGUUAUCAGAAAAUCAAAUCCGUCCUCUAUGGUCAAGCGAAAAUUGGAGUCCUCUGACGAGGAAGAUAUACCCCUCAUGGCUCGCAAGAAGGCCAAGAGCGAUACGCCAAAAACAAAAAAGAAAAAGAGACGACAUGCGGAUGAACCAGAAGAGGAAGAGACCGACUACAAAGAGUCUAAAGUAAAGAAAAAGGCAAACAAAAAAAUUAAGUCUGAAGCCUCCCCACAUUCAAAAAAGAAGAAAGCGGAUGAACCCCAGGAAGUAUGGAAAUGGUGGGAAGAAGAGAAGAAGAAUGACGGAACAAAGUGGCAUUUCUUGGAACACAAGGGUCCAGUAUUUGCUCCUGAGUACGAACCAUUGCCCCGUGACGUCAAAUUUUACUACAACGGUAAAGAGAUGAAGUUGUCGCAGGAUGCCGAAGAGGUGGCGACUUUUUAUGCCCGCAUGCUCGACCACGAUUACACGACCAAGGAAGUAUUCAACAGUAAUUUUUUCCACGACUGGCGAGAGGUGAUGACCGAAUCGGAGAGAUCCAAGAUAGCGGAUUUGUCAAAAUGCAACUUCAAAGAAAUGCAUGCCUACUUUCUUCAGAAGAGUGAGGAGCGUAAAGCUAUGUCUAAGGAAGAAAAGAAGAAAAUUAAAGAACAGAACGAAGAAGUUCAAAAGGAAUAUGGCUUCUGCACUAUUGAUGGUCAUAGAGAAAAAAUAGGUAAUUUCAAGAUAGAACCACCAGGACUGUUCAGAGGACGUGGUGAGCAUCCAAAAAUGGGAAAGUUGAAGAAGCGAGUGAAUCCAGAAGACGUCUUAAUCAAUUGUUCGAAGGAUUGUGUGAUUCCGAAAGCUCCAGCAGGCCAUAAAUGGCGGGAAGUUCGGCACGAUCCCAACGUAACAUGGCUGGCGUCAUGGACAGAGAACGUGCAGGGCCAGGUGAAGUACGUGAUGCUGAAUCCUUCUAGUAAAUUGAAAGGAGAGAAAGACUGGCAGAAAUAUGAAAUCGCGCGAAAAUUAGCAAAGUCAAUCGAUAAGAUCAGAGCAGAGUACAGGGAGGACUGGAAGAGCAAAGAGAUGCGCAUCAGACAGAGAGCGGUUGCCCUAUACUUCAUUGACAAGCUUGCUCUCAGGGCUGGUAAUGAAAAAGACGAAGAACAAGCUGACACCGUGGGCUGCUGUUCACUCAGAGUCGAACACAUUUCGCUGCACGAACACAAAGAUAAUAAAGACUUUGUUGUCGUGUUUGACUUCCUCGGUAAGGAUUCGAUAAGGUACUACAACGAGGUGCCAGUAGAGAAGCGUGUCUUCAAAAAUUUACAACUAUUCAUGGAGAACAAAUCGCCCGGCGAUGAUUUAUUCGAUCGUCUCAAUACGACGGUGAUGAACAAACAUUUGAACGAGCUGAUGGAGGGCCUCACUGCCAAGGUGUUCAGAACUUACAACGCGUCAUGGACGCUGCAGCAGCAACUUGACAAAUUAACGAACCCUGACGACACGGUUGCUGAGAAGAUAUUGGCGUAUAACAGGGCGAAUAGGGCGGUUGCUAUUUUGUGUAACCAUCAACGUGCCGUUCCGAAGACCCAUGCAAAAUCUAUGGAAAAUAUGAAGGCCAAAAUCGUAGCUAAGAAAGAAGCCAUAGAAGAAGCGGAAGCCCAGGUCAAGGAUGCUAAACGCGAUGCCAAGAACGGCUCUGUGAAGGAGAAAGUAGUCUACGAGAAGAAGAAAAAGGCACUGGAUCGAUUGAGGGAGCAGCUUGCCAGGCUGGAAGUUCAGGCGACGGAUCGAGAGGAGAAUAAAGAAAUUGCUCUGGGCACCUCCAAGUUGAAUUACUUGGAUCCUCGAAUCAGUGUUGCCUGGUGCAAAAAGUACGACGUUCCAAUCGAAAAGAUUUACAACAAAACUCAGAGGGACAAAUUCAGGUGGGCUAUAGACAUGGCGGGACCGGACUACGUCUUUUAACCCAUGAGCCACCGACUUUAAUGUGUCCCGUUCCCCCUGAAGAUCCGGAUGGAUCCCGACUACUAUCCACUCAACAAAAUCGCCGUUAAAUUAGUGAAUUUUAUUUUAAAGAUAACGCGAGACGUCAUGAGAAUACACUUUUUUACAUUAUUAAUCAGACAUCUGCAUACCUCAUUCGAUUACGGUAACUUACAGAUACUUUGUCUAUCGAACGCCUCGUAUUCAGAGAAUUCACACAUACCUAAUACACCGUAGUUGGUGUGCUAAUUACUCAUGAUUUAUCAAACGGCGCGGGUCGACGGUAACGCCGACGCCGAUAAAAACUGUGCAAUCUACGUGCUAACACGCUGUUCCGAAUCUAUUGGGAAUCGGUUGUAAUUUUUACAAUCAAACUAUCGAAAUGAUGUUGCAGACAUGAUAGAUGGAAUCUAACACACCGCGAGUACGGCGCUGCCGUGUAGGCUAUAGUCGACCCGCAUCUGCCAUAAAUUAUUAGGUAGUUAUUCAAAUCAAAUGAAUUUAUGAAAAUCGCUUCACCGAUGAAUCGUAGCUGAGUGCUUCUAUACGGCCAACGAUCCAGCCGCGGCCGAUCCAGAGACGUGGAAAUUCAGGUUCGAGCCAGUCUAAUUUUAAUUAGCCAAAAUUUGAUGUGAGUCUGCAUUAGAUGCAUAGGUUGUGUAAAUAGGGAGCAGUCCGCGUCACAAUCACUUGUAUUUGUAUACCGAUCGCAUUCGCGCACGUCCCAUUCCCUUAUGGGAGCUGUACGUACGUUUUUCCACCGUUUGAACGCAUGCCAAUGUUUUCAUUUGCCAAUUAAAAUCGACCCAGCGCUUUUAUCAUCUCAUAAUUUGUCAUCUCACGUACAACGAGUCCUAGAUAUAUUUUAAACGGUGCGCGUUCACUCGUUCGGUACAGCUUAGUAUAUGCGGUAAGUUGCGGAUACAAAUGUCUAAUAAUUUGAUAGGCAAAAUGCGGAGAAUAAAUUCGCGAGUCACGAGGGAGGUCUUGAUGUUUCCCGAAAUUGAUUAAAUGAAAUUUAGUAACUUUGUCACAUUAAUGAUUACGUAGGAAAUAAUGAUACCCCAGUCAAUCUAGGCUGCCACCGCGUUAUUAAUACGCGACAGAGCAACUGACCACCCGUAUUUUACUUUAGUUUGAAUUAAGCCCCUAGGAGUAAGAUAAUAUCUGAUAGGUUUUAGAUUACAAUUAGUUAAAGGUCAUAAUGGUACGAGAUGUGUAUUGGUGUGGAAUCAUUUGAAUUUCAUUAAAAUUUGCAGUAACCAAGUUUUCUUGAAGACCAGUAAUGAACCCGGGGGUUGUCAAUCAUUGCUAGAACCAUGUCAGCGAUUCAAAUUCAUUAAGGACUAGACCCAGUUAGGUUGUAUCUUUUUAAAUCUGAUAAAAAAAAAAAAAAACAGCUUCAGCUGUCCUAUUGAUACUUAUACCGAUCCUGAGUGACCACGCACCUCGUCCUUUUCAUAGAAAUUUAGUGUAGAAUGCAAGCGAUCAAGAAUAAAUGUACAUUAUUAAUCAAUGUAUGCAUAAAACCUUGAAUCCUCGUACUCGUCACUUGGGGCACGCAGCUGAAUCUGAGACCCCCGCGAAUUGUCGGUACGUGCGUGUUUUCAGGUAAUAUCGUUUCUGUACAUUACAGGAAUUAUAAUAAAAAUUCAUCAUAGUGUA